GAAAACAAAAAUAAAAAAAUUGACUGCAAUUUGGCCAGAAAAGUACAAGAGUUCCCAUCUCAAGAAAUUACAGACUGAAGAAAAAAAUGUCAACCCGGAAACUCGCUGCAAAGUUGUCUAAAUUCCUCCCUGCCGGUGCAAUGGGUGGUUCGAGCACUAGAGAGUUUGUCACGGCUGCAAGACCCCUUCAGUGCAAGAAGUCCGAAGAGAGUGCUGACAGCGUGAAAGAAGCUGCAGAGUCAGUUAAAGAUGCGGCUGAAUCUAUUUCUAAAAGUGUGAAAACAAUGUCUGAUAAAGUGAGUGAAACAGCUGAUGUCGUCAAAGAGAAAGCAGCAGAAUUGUUCUCAUUGGGAGCAGCCAAAAUUGCCACAGAGUUUGUCAAGAAAAAAAAUGAGAUGAAAAAAGAAGGCAACAAGAACAAAAAAUGAAGCCAACCUAGAAUUGCUGCAUUUCCUUAAUUUCCUCAGAUUUUGACCAUUUUAAUUGCAAGAAAUAACAAGACUAAGUUAAGCCUAAAGUUGUUAGUGACACGUCAAUAUAUGAAAUAUUGAGAACAAUGUAUAUGUUUGUAAUGGCUUUACUGUUCUUUGUAUGCUUCUCUUAGUGCACUUUUGUUGAGAUGUGGACAACUACUACGUUCUAGUUAAAUCAAUAUAAUCUCAUGAUUUGCCUUC